ACCCAGUUAAUAUGUAAAGACUUCAUUAGGCCAGCUGUCCUCAGAACUGAACUGUAUCUGUAUUUUGACUGGUGCCUGAUAACGAUAAACACAAAAUAAUGAGAGCUCUUGUAAUAAUUGUUCUUUUGUAUGAAAUCGGUUUAUUCGAUUAUGCUGCAGCAGGAAAGGUCUGUACUAAGCCACCCACACUGAGUGGUACUAAACUUCAGGAUAAGAAAGAAGUCUACCUGAGCGGUGAAAAGGCAUGGUAUAGCUGUCCUCCAGGGUACGUAAUGAGGAGUAGCAGUUCCUGUUCAGAGAAUGGCUUAUGGAGUGCUCCAUCAAUCUGGUGUGAAUUGAGAAGUUGCGCAUUCCCAGGACAGCUGAUGAAUGGACAAAUUACUGUCAAAGACUUGAACUUUCAAAGCACCAUAAACUUCACUUGCAACUCUGGCUAUGUCCUGAAAGGAUCCCCAAACAGCACAUGCCAAGAAGAUGAGACCUGGAGCAAACCAUUACCUGUUUGUGAAUUGGUAAAAUGUCUUUAUCCAGACAGCAUUCCAAAUGGAUUUUUGGGCCUCGCACCUCGAAGACACUACCACUACCAAGAGACUCUUGGAUAUGCCUGCUACAAUGACUAUACUCUGGAAGGACCAACCAUGAUAACAUGCAAAGAAACAGGAGAGUGGUCACAAAAGCCAGCCUGCAAAGCAAAUUGUGUUAUACCUACUAAAAGAGGACGCAUAUCAUAUCAGGGGAAGAAAAUAUGGCUGGAAGAUCUUCCUGAGCAGAAAGUUAAACACAACGAUACAUUUUAUUUUUACUGUAAGGACAAAGAAAAGGAGUGUGGCAUGGCCAUGCUGACUCAAUGCUUGGAUGGAAAGGUUACAAUCCCAUCUUGUUUUAAAGAGCCUUCCCUGUUUACCUACCAGUUCCGUCGUAGCAGUCUCCCGUCAGAAAUAAAACCGUGCUGAAUACAUCUAUAGAGGAUUCUUCGGUAGCUAACUGCUUCUGGGAGAAUGGCAUACUUAACAAUUACCUUAUGAUUUCUAAACCCGAAAGCACAAUUUAACAAUCAGAUACAUGAUACAGAGGACAGAAGCAGCAUUCUAAUAACAAGUUGAUUGAUUAUGGUGCUUUAUUCUACAAAUAAAUUAAAUUAAAUGUGAUUGUAAAUCUGAGUACAAAUUGAAUGCUGAAAAAUGCAUCACAUUAGUUAUAAACAGUACGUUACAGCAGUACAAAGCAAAACAUAUUUGUUGGAUGGAAAAUGUAGGUAGAUAGUAAUUUAUGUAAACUAACUUCAGUGUUUGUAAGUGUGAACUAAUUGAACUAUUCCUCUGUAACUAUGAGUAAUUCAUUUAGUUUAGCAAUCAACUAAUAAAAGCUUCAACUUUGGUAAUGCAGAUCUUAAAAAACAACAAAAUAAACUUCUGUUAGGUGAAGGA